CUGCUGGCGGCGGCGCUGGCGCUGCUGCUGCUGCCGCUGCCCGGCGCCGGCCCGGAGGCCGCCGCGGCGCCGCCGGCGCUCACGGACGCCGAGAUCGAGGCGUUUCUGCACGGUUUCCUCGGCGGCGCCGAGCCCGGAGCCGAGCCCGGCCCCGCCGCCCCGGGCGCGGCCCCCAGCGCGGCCCCCGGCUCCCCGGGGCGGGUGACGGAGCAGGGCAAACCCAAGAAGCCCAAGAAGGAAAAAGGUCCCAAACCCACCAAGAAACCCAAGGAGAGACCCAAGGGCUCCAAGAAGGACAAGGAGAAGGAGAAACCCCCCAAGAAGGGCAAGGAGAAAGCGCCGAAAGGCUCUGCCAAAAGCCCCAAAACCUCCAAAAAACCCAAGGAGAAAGCGCCCAAACCCACCAAAAAACCGGCGGGCAAGAAAAAAGCGGAGGCGCCCGCCGCCCUCCCCGAGGAAGGUCCCGCCGGGGCGCAGCCCCUGCCGGCCCCCCGCGCCGAGGACGCUGCCGGGCCGCCCCGGCGCCUGCCGCCUUUGCCCUACGAGGAGGAGGAGGAGGAGGAUGGAGGCGGCGAGCGGCGAAGCGAAGCAGAGGAGCCGCCGAGCGAAGAGGACCGGCGUCCCCAGCCCGAUUUUGAGCCCCCAGAGGAGACGGAGCCGCCCACGCUGGACUACAACGACCAGCUCGAGCGCGAGGACUACGAGGACUUCGAAUACAUCCGGCGGCAGCAGAAACCCCGCAAACCUCUGAGCAGGAAAAGACCCGAGCGGGUCUGGCCCGAAGUGGAGAAGCCAACGGAGCCGGAUGAGCCGCCGCCGCCGCCAGCGCCGCCGGAACGGGACUACGAGGAAGGUUUAGAGCGUCCCGACUACGACGACCUGGACUACGGGCUGCCGCCGCCGCCGAAGCCCAAGAAAUACCCGGAUAAGGAGGACGAGAUGGAGACGGACGAGGAGAAACUCAAGCCGGGGAAGCCCAAGAAGGGCGGCAGCAGCAAGGAGGACGAGGAGGACCCCUGGGCGGAGGAGAAGGGCCAGGACCGCAAAGGAAAAACCAAAAAACCAGGUGGGAAGAAGUGGGAGACGGACGAGGACGAAUGGGCCCCUCCGGAGGAGAAGACGAAAUGUCCCCCCAUCGGGCUGGAGUCCCACCGCAUCGAGGACGACCAGCUCCUGGCCUCGUCCAUGCUGCGCCACGGCCUGGGCGCGCAACGCGGGCGCCUCAACAUGCAGGCAGGCACUAAUGAGGACGACUUCUUCGACGGCGCCUGGUGCGCCGAGGACGACAGCCGGGCACACUGGCUCGAGGUGGACACGCGCCGCACCACCAAGUUCACCGGCGUCAUCACGCAAGGACGGGACUCCCAGAUCCACGAGGAUUUUGUCACCAGUUUCUACGUGGGCUUCAGCAACGACAGCCAGAACUGGGUGAUGUACACUAACGGCUACGAGGAGAUGAUGUUUUAUGGCAAUGUGGACAAGGACACGCCGGUGUUGACCGAGUUCCCGGACCCAAUGGUGGCUCGCUACAUCCGCAUCUACCCGCAGACGUGGAACGGCAGCCUCUGCAUGCGCCUCGAGGUCCUGGGCUGUCCCCUCUCCACCAUCAGCAGCUACUACACACAGCAGAACGAGGUGACGUCCACCGACAACCUGGAUUUCCGCCACCACAGCUACAAGGACAUGAGGCAGCUCAUGAAGGUGGUCAACGAGGAGUGUCCCACCAUCACGCGCAUCUACAACAUCGGCAAGAGCUCGCGGGGGCUCAAGAUCUACGCCAUGGAGAUCUCGGAUAACCCGGGCGAACACGAGACCGGUGAGCCCGAAUUCAGGUACACGGCCGGGCUGCAUGGCAACGAGGUGCUGGGCCGGGAGCUGCUGCUCCUGCUCAUGCAGUUCCUGUGCAAGGAGUACCAGGACGGCAACCCCCGGGUGCGGAGCCUGGUCACCGAAACCCGCAUCCACCUCGUGCCGUCCCUCAACCCCGACGGCUACGAGCUCGCCCGCGAGGCGGGCUCGGAGCUGGGCAACUGGGCGCUGGGUCACUGGACGGAGGAGGGCUAUGACCUCUUUGAGAACUUCCCCGACCUGGCAUCGCCGCUGUGGGCAGCCGAGGAGAGGAAACUGGUGCCGCACAAAUUCCCCAACCAUCACAUCUCCAUCCCGGAGCACUACCUGGCUGAGGACGCCACAGUCGCGGCGGAGACGCGGGCCGUCAUGGCCUGGAUGGACAAGAACCCCUUCGUCCUGGGAGCCAACCUGCAGGGAGGCGAGAAGCUCGUGUCCUACCCCUUCGACGCGGCACGGCCCCGCAGCGAGACGCCGGCGGCCACCCUUCGCCUGCCGGAUGACUACGAGGACGAAAAUCCCGAGCUGCAGGAGACGCCGGACCACGCCAUCUUCCGCUGGCUUGCCAUCUCCUACGCCUCGGCCCACCUCACCAUGAGCGAGACCUUCCGCGGGGGCUGCCACACGCAGGACAUGACCGACUCCAUGGGCAUUGUGCAGGGCGCCAAGUGGCACCCGCGGGCCGGCACCAUGAAUGACUUCAGCUACCUGCACACCAACUGCUUGGAGCUCUCCAUCUACCUGGGCUGCGACAAGUUCCCCCACGAGAGCGAGCUGCAGCAGGAGUGGGAGAACAACAAGGAGUCUCUGCUCACCUUCAUGGAGCAGGUUCAUCGGGGCAUCAAGGGCCUGGUGACGGACCAGCAGGGUGAACCCAUUGCCAACGCCACCAUUGUCGUCGGCGGGAUCAACCACAACGUCAAGACCGCCAGCGGCGGGGACUACUGGCGCAUCCUGAACCCGGGCGAGUACCGCGUCUCGGCCCGGGCCGAGGGCUACAACCCCAGUGUCAAGACCUGCAGCGUCUUCUACGACAUCGGCGCCACGCAGUGCAACUUCGUGCUGUCGCGCUCCAACUGGAAGCGCAUCCGAGAGAUCAUGGCCCUGAACGGCAACCGACCCAUCCGCCGCAUCGUGCCCGGGCGCCCCAUGACGCCCCGCGAACGCAUGCGCCUCCGCAUGCGCCUGCGGCACCGCAUGCGACUGCGGCAGCAGAUGAGGCUGCGGCGCCUCAACGCCACCACCACGGCUGCCAGUGGCCCCACGGCCCCGCCGCCCACCACGGCUCUGCCCUUCCCCUUCAGCAGCACCACCUACGCGCCCUGGAGCCAAGAGCCCCCCACCCCUGGCACCUGGGAGAUGGAGACGGAAACGGAGGUGGUGACAGAGGUGGUGACGGAGACGGAGGCCUGGGAGGUGGGCACAGGGACAGCACAGCCCCUCACCACGGCCGAGACCUACACCGUGAACUUUGGUGAUUAGGAACUGCUUUGUCCUGUCGCUCCCGCCUCGAGCCAAAGCCAGACGCUAGCGGCUGGUUUGGUUUUCACCCGCUGCAGGCUCCGGCAUCUGCUUCCGAAGUCUUCCUCGAGCCCUGCGGCCCCCAAGGCAGCCCACCCCAGGCAGGCGCCCGCUCUUCACCCGCGUUGCUUCCUCCACCUGCAGGCCACGCGGUGCCAAUGCUUGCCCCGAAGGCCAGGGGGCUGUGGGGUGUCCCCCUUGCCGGGCUCCAGAGCCAGAUGGGAAAGGACAUGCUGCCCCUUCCCUCCAGGGCGGGCAGUGCCACCCCCAAGCCUGGCAAGGGAGGAGGUGAAGGAGGAUCCAGCCCUCGCCCCAUCCCCAGCUCCUGGCACGGCAGGGUGGGCAGGGAUGGUCCCGCUCUCCAGGGCAGGGCCCACACAGAAGCAGGCACAACCCCGGUCUCCCCCCCACAGUUUUCGUUACACAAAUAAAUCAAGCUACGUUGGUACGA